UCUUAACACGGAAGUACAAUAAGCUACUGACUAAGUGACUAUCGUCAUAUAUAAACUCAGAAGGGCUGAGGCUUUAGUCAUUACAGGUUAGAAAUCUCCACUAAACCAUCUCGUACUGAGAAGAAGUGCUUGAAGAUAGACAGAAGAUCAAGUUAUAGAAGAAGAAAUGUUUCUAUCGUGUUUGCUAAUUGUGCUUGCGGUCGCUGAGGCUAUGGGCUCUUCGCCUUCGCCUGAUACGAGCAAGAUUCAAGAAUUGGAAAAACAAGUGGCAAUUUUGACAAACCUUGUCCAUGCCCAAUCAAACAUAAUGAGCAAAUUCUCGUGUCAAGAAGGCUCGCAUUCAAAUCCCGUAUCAGAAUGCAUCUUGAAAGUAGCAGACCAGGCGAAGAAGAUUGCAAAACUAGAGAACGAACUGAAGUCCUUACAAAGUAUCACAAAGAUCCAGGAGAGGGACAUUGAUCAGUUAAAUACGACUAAAUUAGAUUUAUACACAAAGGUUUCCAGUCAAAAAAUACAAUUAACAUCGCUAGAUAACAAAUACGCUUCCGAAAUAUCGAAUGUUCGCUCUAGCAUCCAGAAUGUCGACCAGAAAACGAACACGCUCACAAACAGCGUUAAUCAACUACAAACAAGGGUCCAACAGGUCGCAGGUCAGUGGCCAUCUGGCAGUUAUUGUAUCUUGGCAAGUGGGGCGUGCCCAGUGGGCUUUUCGCGCCGUAGCGGUCACAUGAGAGCUAUCAGUAUAUAUGCUGGGAGUUCUGAUUAUAUAAAACAGGCGACAUUUGGGGAUAGUAAAAUACAAUGUCAUGGUAGAUGUGGACAAUAUGGCAAUUGGAUUGGUGAAUUGUACAUCAAUGCAUGCUGCAAAUGAACAUGAUUAAAAAGUCCAAUAAAAUAGUUUUGACGAGUUCACG